ACAGACCCAAUGUUGCAAUAUUGCAGCAAUGUUGCUGCAACUUCUGUGCUGUACGGGUAUGUUUUACUUUUACUUAAACCCCCGCGGAAACAUACGAACGCUACUAUAUCGAUACGACGAUUCAACCCACACGAUUUCCCGUCUGUCAGAGCUGGCGAGACGUCAGGAAUAAUGAAAUUGAGCAGUGAACUCUCGUAAUUCCCAAGUAACCCGUGUAAAAAUUCCAGUGACAAGAUCUCGAUCUCGUAAGAAUAUGCGUAUGAAUUCCGCGACCCCGCGCCGAUAAUCCGAUCAGUCGAUGAACGCGACAAUGACAUAUGCGCGUUGAUCGUCCGCGAUAAAAGGGUACUUCUCAUCAACGAAACCGUCUUCUCUUGGCGAGCAAAGAAAAUGUCUAGCGCGAAGGACUUCUCGUGCAUCGGCGGGCUGGAGAAGCAUAUCAGGAUCGUGAAGGAGAUGGUUUUAUUCCCGCUGCUGUACGGAGAGGUGUACGCUAAAUUUAAUCUUAGGCCGCCACGGGGCUUGAUAUUCUACGGCCCGCCAGGAACCGGGAAGACUCUGAUAGCCAGCGCGCUGGCGACCGAGUGCAGCAAUUCCGAACGCAAGGUCUCUUUCAUUUCGCGCAAAGGUUCCGAUUGUCUCAGCAAGUGGGUCGGGGAGAGCGAGAAGAAGCUCGAGAAGGUCUUCUCGUUGGCGCAGCAAUCGAGACCGUGUAUCAUCUUCUUUGACGAAGUCGACGGUCUCGCUCCUGUAAGGUCCAGUCGCCAGGACUUCGUCCACGCCAGUGUGGUCUCCACUCUGUUGGCUCUGAUGGAUGGCUUGGACAAUAAUUCCGAGAUCAUAGUGAUAGGCGCGACCAAUAGAAUCGACGCGAUAGAUCCCGCCCUGAGGAGACCCGGUAGAUUCGACAAAGAGCUGUACUUCCCUUUACCUUGUUACAGCGCCAGAAAAGAGAUACUCUCGGUGCACAUCAAAAGUUGGAAGCAAAAGCCGGCGCAGAAAUUCUUGGCGUACUUGGCGUCGAAAACGUUAGGCUUCUGCGGCAGCGACCUGCAGGCGCUUUGCGCCGAAGCAGUUAUGUGCUCCAUUCGUAGGAAUUAUCCGCAAAUCUACACUUCGAAAUCAAAGUAUCACAUCAACGAACGCCAUCUCAAAGUCGAGAAGGAAGACUUUUUGAAGGCGCGUCAAAACAUCGUCCCAGCGUCACAUCGCGUCGUUGUCGCGCCGAUCAAGAGUUUGUCAGCCAAGAUCCAACCGCUACUACAGGAGGAUCUGACGAGCAUCUUGUCACGACUGCAAGCACUUUGCCCAGUCGGCAUGCUGACUUCGGAUAACAUCACAGGCAAGGCCACAUCGAAGUCGAACGGUUGCCCGCGAAUCUUGCUGUGCGGCAACGAUGAUUCUCACACACGUCACUUGGGGCCUGCACUGCUGCACACCCUGGAACACUUGCCGUGUCACGUCCUGGACGUCACGACUCUGUUCGAGGAGACCGGCAAGGCGGCCGAAGAGGCGAUGAUACAAAAGAUGAAGACCGCACGUCGCACUCUACCGGCGUUGCUUUACGUUCCCGGUAUCUUGACCUGGUGGGACUUGGUGGACGAGACCGCGAGAGUGGUUUUUACCUCCUUAAUGCGAGGCCUCGACCGAUCCGUGCACAUGCUGGUGCUAAUGACCGCCCACUGUCGGCACAUCGACCUGCCACCGGAGAUUAAAGGGAUGUACGACGAUAAUCGAAGUGAAGUGUACGAAGUGAAAUCGCCUUCGCCGCAGAAGCGGCGAUCUUUCUUCAAGCAGUUGUUCCUCAACGGAUCCGACAGGCUAUCUGAUCGCUCUUCGCAAGGUAGAAUCAUCUGUCCCAAAAUAUCAUCUACCGAAAUACUUAUAAAUCUCUAUCGUCUAUCGUCAGGAACAAAUAUCAAGAGAGAAUACAACGCAUCCGGCGAAGGGCCACCGUCGAAACGUCAGAGGGUGACGUCCAGCGGAGGUUCCGCCAGCAACGAGAAGCUCUUCAGUUCUCAAAUCGAGGACCUGGUGGAGACGAUCGUCCGGUCGACGGACGAGUGGCAAAGUCACUUGCUGGAGAGUCUGUUCUCGUCCCUCGAAUUCACAAUGGAGAACAACGGGGACUUGUGCGCGACCGUGAACGAAUACGUCGCGCGUCACGAGGAAUUGAAACGAGCGAAGAUGCGCGCGGCGCAGGAUGAAGAUUAAUCGUCGAAUGAGAGGAGAAAAAUGAAAGAGGGGAAAACGCUGGAACGUUCCCUUCUCUUGUCGUCGUCGUCGUCGUCGUCGUCGUCGUCGUCGUCAUCAUCA